GAUGUUGCUGGGAACCAUGGCCAAGAUGGAGGUGAAGACGUCCCUGCUGGACAACAUGAUCGGGGUUGGCGACAUGGUGCUCUUGGAGCCUCUCACGGAGGAGACCUUCAUCAACAACCUCAAGAAGCGCUUCGACCACAACGAAAUCUAUACAUACAUUGGGAGUGUGGUCAUCUCCGUUAACCCGUACCGGUCACUGCCUAUCUAUUCACCGGAGAAAGUGGAAGAUUACAGGAACAGAAACUUCUAUGAGCUGAGCCCUCACAUCUUUGCCCUGUCGGACGAAGCCUACCGGUCCCUGCGAGAUCAAGACAAGGACCAGUGCAUUCUCAUCACCGGGGAGAGCGGAGCCGGGAAGACAGAGGCCAGCAAGCUUGUCAUGUCCUACGUGGCGGCCGUGUGUGGGAAAGGGGCAGAAGUCAAUCAAGUCAAGGAGCAGCUGUUACAGUCCAACCCGGUCCUGGAAGCUUUUGGAAAUGCCAAGACGGUCAGAAAUGACAACUCCUCGCGAUUUGGCAAAUAUAUGGAUAUUGAAUUCGACUUUAAAGGCGACCCCUUGGGAGGAGUGAUUAGUAACUACCUGCUGGAGAAGUCGCGCGUGGUGAAGCAGCCGCGGGGCGAGAGGAACUUCCACGUCUUCUACCAGCUGCUCUCCGGCGCCUCCGAGGAGCUCCUGGAGAAACUGAAACUCGAGCGGGAUUUCAGCCGAUACAACUACUUGAGUCUGGACUCCGCCAAAGUUAAUGACGUGGACGAUGCGGCCAACUUCAGAACCGUUAGGAAUGCCAUGCAGAUCGUGGGCUUCAUGGACCACGAGGCUGAGGCCGUCCUGGAGGUGGUGGCCGCGGUGCUGAAACUGGGGAACAUCGAGUUCAAGCCCGAGUCUCGAGUGAACGGCUUAGACGAAAGCAAAAUCAAGGAUAAGAACGAGCUGAAGGAGAUCUGCGAGCUGACGGCCAUCGACCAGUCGGUCCUGGAGCGCGCCUUCAGCUUCCGCACGGUGGAGGCCAAGCAGGAGAAGGUGUCCACCACGCUGAAUGUGGCGCAGGCGUAUUAUGCCCGGGACGCUCUGGCUAAAAACCUCUACAGCAGGUUGUUCUCGUGGCUGGUGAAUCGAAUCAACGAAAGCAUCAAGGCUCAGACCAAAGUGAGGAAGAAGGUCAUGGGUGUUUUGGACAUUUACGGCUUUGAAAUUUUUGAGGACAACAGCUUUGAGCAGUUCAUCAUCAAUUAUUGUAAUGAGAAGCUGCAGCAAAUCUUCAUCGAACUCACUCUUAAAGAAGAGCAGGAGGAGUACAUACGGGAGGACAUAGAAUGGACUCACAUUGACUACUUCAACAAUGCUAUCAUCUGUGACCUGAUAGAAAAUAACACGAAUGGGAUCCUGGCCAUGCUGGACGAGGAGUGCCUGCGGCCCGGCACCGUCACCGACGACACCUUCCUGGAGAAGCUGAACCAGGUGUGCGCCACCCACCAGCACUUCGAGAGCAGGAUGAGCAGGUGCUCGCGCUUCCUCAACGACACCACCCUGCCCCACAGCUGCUUCCGCAUCCAGCACUACGCCGGCAAGGUGCUGUACCAGGUGGAAGGAUUUGUGGACAAAAACAAUGACCUCCUCUACCGAGACCUGUCCCAGGCCAUGUGGAAGGCCGGCCACACCCUCAUCAAGUCCCUGUUCCCCGAGGGGAACCCCGCCAAGAUCAACCUGAAGAGGCCCCCGACAGCCGGCUCGCAGUUCAAGGCGUCCGUGGCCACGCUGAUGAGAAACCUGCAGACCAAGAACCCCAACUACAUCCGGUGCAUCAAACCCAAUGACAAGAAAGCAGCUCACAUCUUCAGCGAGGCCCUGGUGUGCCACCAGAUCCGCUACCUGGGCCUCCUGGAGAACGUGCGCGUGCGCAGGGCCGGCUACGCCUUCAGGCAGGCCUACGAGCCGUGCCUGGAGCGGUACAAGAUGCUGUGCAAGCAGACGUGGCCUCACUGGAGGGGGCCGGCGAGGGCUGGUGUGGAGGUUUUGUUUAAUGAAUUGGAGAUUCCUGUGGAAGAAUAUUCCUUCGGUCGAUCGAAGAUAUUCAUCCGGAACCCGAGAACGCUCUUCAAGCUGGAGGACCUGCGGAAGCAGCGGCUGGAGGACCUGGCCACGCUCAUCCAGAAGAUCUACCGCGGGUGGAAGUGCCGCACGCACUUCCUGCUGAUGCGCAGGAGCCAGAUUGUGGUCGCCGCCUGGUUCCGGAGAUUCGCCCAACGGAAGCGGUACCAGCAGACAAAGCGCUCGGCUCUGGUGAUCCAGUCUUACAUCCGGGGCUGGAAGGCCCGAAAAAUCCUGCGGGAGCUGAAGCACCAGAAGCGCUGUGAGGAGGCCGCCACCACCAUCGCGGCGUACUGGCACGGGACGCAGGCGCGGAGGGAGCUGAGCCGGCUGAAGGAGGAGGCUAGGAAUAAACACGCUAUUGCAGUGAUUUGGGCUUUCUGGCUUGGAUCGAAGGCUCGGAGGGAGUUGAAACGCUUGAAGGAGGAGGCUAGGCGCAAGCAUGCGGUCGCUGUCAUUUGGGCUUACUGGCUUGGACUGAAGGUGCGCCGGGAGUACAGGAAGUUCUUCAGAGCCAACGCCGGGAAGAAAAUCUACGAGUUCACGAUUCAGAGAAUUGUGCAAAAAUACUUCCUGGAAAUGAAAAGCAAGAUGCCCUCCUUGUCGCCAAUAGACAAGAACUGGCCGUCCAGGCCCUACCUGUUCUUGGAUUCCACGCACAAGGAGCUGAAGAGGAUCUUCCACCUGUGGAGGUGUAAGAAGUACAGGGACCAGUUCACAGACCAGCAGAAGCUCAUCUACGAGGAGAAGCUAGAAGCCAGUGAACUCUUCAAAGACAAGAAGGCUUUGUACCCGUCGAGUGUUGGCCAGCCCUUCCAAGGCGCUUACCUGGAGAUCAACAAGAACCCCAAGUACAAGAAACUCAAAGACGCCAUUGAGGAAAAGAUCAUCAUCGCGGAGGUUGUCAACAAAAUCAACCGUGCGAACGGGAAGAGCACCUCCCGGAUCUUCCUCUUAACAAACAACAACCUCCUCCUUGCCGAUCAGAAGUCUGGCCAGAUCAAGUCGGAGGUCCCGCUGGUGGAUGUGACCAAAGUGUCCAUGAGCUCGCAGAACGAUGGCUUCUUUGCCAUCCACCUCAAGGAGGGCUCGGAGGCGGCCAGCAAAGGGGACUUCCUCUUCAGCAGCGACCACCUGAUCGAGAUGGCCACCAAGCUGUACCGGACGACUCUCAGCCAGACGAGGCAGAAGCUCAACAUCGAGAUUUCCGAUGAGUUCCUGGUGCAGUUCCGACAGGACAAGGUGUGCGUGAAGUUCAUUCAGGGCAACCAGAAAAACGGGAGCGUCCCCACGUGCAAGCGGAAAAACAACCGGCUCCUGGAAGUGGCGGUUCCUUAGCG